UGCACUCGCCGACGUCAAAACCGUCGAUGCCGCUUGUUUCUUGCGUUUUACGUGCGGUUCCUCCAGAGUUAACUCGUAAAUUUGAUCAUAUUUGUGCAGUUUGUGGGUUUUCUAUGGUACUAAUUGUGUAGGCUCACGGUAUAGGGCCGGUUAACCAUAGAAAACAAUGCUUUAAUUGCGUGUUUGUGCUUCGACUCUCAAUUACUUCAUUUCGUUUCGCCGACAUCAACCGCCACAAAAAAUGAUUGCGUUUGGGCCGAAGAAGGACGGCAGUCCCAACAGUAAAUAUUUCGAAUGCCCUGAGACUUUAAACGCUCUGGGAGCAGUAAAGAUAUGGCUGCAAAAGAAUGCAAAGAAGAAUAUCCAGUCAGAUCCUUUAACCAACAAUUCACUAUCUGCACUGGUUAUUCAAAUGCUGCAAUUCCAAGAGGACACAUUGGGCAAAAAUGCUGCCAAACCACCAAUGACCAGAAUACCAGUCAAGUACUUCAUGGAUUUUAAGCCUGGAGGUGGUCUUUGUCAAAUACUUGCAGCUGCAUACAAAUUCAGGGUGGAACAGGGAUGGAGAAAAUUUGAAUUUCAAGUUGGCAAAAAUCCAGCCAAAUUGGACAAAUUGAUUGAAAUGUACCAGUCAAUUGAGAAAGCUCUCAUACAAAAUAAACUCUACACAUUGCCAAACUGCUUCAUCAAGAGUGAAGUAGAGAAAAAUCUCGCCACCAAACUAAAGGAUAUUUUGAAACGUCGUGGAGGACAACUUGUUGAAUCCGAAGCAGCCGCCACUCACAUUCUCUAUCCACACAGUGAUCCACUUGAUGAAGAAUAUGCCAGACCAGGAAUGAGGCAGGAUAAGAUGAUGAUGAUGCAUUGGUAUUAUUUUCCCGAGUCCUACGAUACCUGGGUUAAUGCCGAGAGUAUUCUUGAUGGAAUGUCGUUAGACAGCCCAUCACCACAUAGCGGUUCCUGGCGCGUCUCCUGCACAUGGUUACUUGAUUCGGACCAAUACAACGAGUGGAUGAGCGAAGAGGACUACGAAGUCGACGAUUCCGGCAAAAAGAAGAUUCAUAAGAUGCGACUAUCUGUCGAAGAUCUUAUGAAUCCUGGAGAUGAUAAACGAAGAAAAAUCAAGCGAAAACAUUCGCCUUCGCCUCCAGCUAAGAGUGGUAAACGAAAAAGCGGCCGUUCACCUGCUAUCGGAAAGAAAUCCCGUCUUGACGAUGAAACCGAAGACCUCACGAGAGAAAUGGAUGACCCGAUGCCAGAGCCAAAUAUUACUGAGGUCAAUCCACCGGUUGUAACCGCCCCAACUGGUAAGAAAGAUCAUGAGUUGCAACCGCUGAAAGGCGGUUCAAUUACUGAUUUGGACGAGGCAGACGAGCGAGGUGAAGACUCACAAACUGGUAAGAACUCCGACACUACCACCCAGGAUGAUGGACAGGAAGAUAAUGUCACAGAACAGACGCAUCAUAUCAUAGUCCCCUCGUAUUCUGCUUGGUUUGAUUACAAUUCGAUUCAUGAGGUCGAAAAACGCGCGUUGCCGGAGUUUUUCAACAGCAAAAACAAAUCGAAAACUCCGGAGAUUUACUUGGCGUAUAGAAAUUUUAUGAUUGAUACGUAUAGGUUGAAUCCGACUGAGUAUAUUACGAGUACUGCGUGUAGAAGGAAUCUCGCUGGCGAUGUUUGUGCGAUUAUGCGUGUGCAUGCUUUCCUCGAACAAUGGGGUUUGAUUAACUAUCAAGUUGAUACUGAAUCGCGACCAACUCCGAUUGGUCCGCCGCCUACUUCACAUUUUCAUAUUUUGUCGGAUACACCGUCUGGGCUACAGCCGGUUAACCCGCCGAAAACUCCUCAACCUAGCGCCGCGAAAACGUUGCUUGAUUUAGACAAAUCUGCUGAUCCGACUAAGAAAACGGAAGCGGGCGAGACUAUUUCCAGUUUCGGUUUGAAACUUGAUCAGUACUCGAAGAAACCCAGCGCAAUGAAGAAUAAGAGUGCUGCGUCCAUGGCUAGGGACUGGACAGAACAGGAGACUUUACUGUUGUUGGAAGGUUUGGAGAUGUACAAGGAUGAUUGGAAUAAGGUUUGUGAACAUGUUGGGUCACGUACGCAGGAUGAGUGUAUUUUGCACUUUUUGCGCUUACCAAUUGAAGAUCCGUACCUGGAUGAUCCGGAAGCAGGAGGUGCUUUGGGUCCUCUUGCAUACCAACCGAUUCCGUUCAGUAAGUCAGGGAAUCCUAUCAUGUCAACAGUUGCGUUUUUGGCUUCUAUCGUUGACCCGCGUGUUGCGGCAGCCGCUGCAAAGUCGGCAAUGAAUGAAUUCGCUAGUAUUAAAGACGAGGUACCCGCGGCUCUAAUGGAUGCUCAUUUGAAGAAUGUCGAGGCUUCUUCAACUGAUGGCAAAUAUGAUCCUGCGGCUGGUUUGGCUCUGAGUGGAAUUGCAGGCACAGUUCCCGAAAAAGAGGAAGAUGACAAGGUUAAAAAGGAAACCGAUUUAAAAGACGAUGAGAAAAGCGAUGGCGAACAAAAGAAAAAUGGAAUUGAAACCCCAGAAGAAAGCGAGAAAACACCUAAGUCGGAAAAAGACGAAGAAAAGGAAGAAGCUAUGGAGGUGGAUGUCAAACCGGAAAAAGUCGUACGUGACAGUGAAAUGCAGAGUGCCGCUGCCGCCGCUCUUGCAGCAGCCGCAGUGAAAGCUAAACACUUGGCAGCAGUUGAAGAGCGCAAAAUAAAAUCGCUGGUAGCUCUACUUGUUGAAACUCAAAUGAAGAAAUUAGAGAUCAAAUUGAGGCACUUUGAAGAACUGGAAACAACAAUGGAACGAGAACGCGAAGGCUUAGAAUAUCAGCGACAACAAUUGAUUACAGAAAGGCAGCAGUUCCAUUUGGAGCAAUUGAAGGCGGCAGAGUUUAGAGCGCGUCAACAAGCGCACCAGAGAUUGCAAGCGGAGCAGGGUCAACAAUGGGCGCAACAACCGCCAGCUGCACAACAUCCAACACCGGAGGUAGCGGCAAGCACCACUCCAACGCCGCCAUCGCCGCAAGCCGCUGCUGUUGCAUCACCGGCAGCGGGCGCUCAUCAUAUUUAAUUCUAUCUAUAAACUGAUAAAAAGAUUUGUUUUCUUUUUUUUAAUUGUAUGUACUACUAUAGUUUAGAGUCGUAUAAUUUCACUACACGCGUUAGAAUAUUUAAUGUGUGAGUUUUACAAAGGUGAGGAUCUAAGAUUUGAAUAAUGUACGCGAAUACUUUACAUAUAAAUUUUUGAUUCAAUUCCAUAAACUGCGUACGUAAAUUUAGUUUUGUGUUGGUACAAGUUUCAUUUUUACAACACAAAUGGCGAAAUGAUCGCAAAUAAAGUAAGUAGAGUUGUGAA